GACAGUCGGGGAUCGUUCAGGUGGAAACAUGAACAGGGAAAACUGCACAACUCAACGGUUAACUCAGGGAAGUCAGCUAGAUCCGUCCACACAUCAGUUGCCAUGGCGAUGACACCUCAGCCUCCGUCCACUGCAUCUGAUGCCCCUCAGGGUAUGCUGCUAGGCCUUGGCAACCCUCUCCUUGACAUUUCCAUAUGUGCUGACCUUGAGUUUCUGCAAAGGUACAAUCUGAAUCCAGACGAUGCUAUCCUGGCAAAACCAAACCAUGAUAAUAUGUUCAACGAAAUGAUUCAACGCUACAAACCAUCGUAUUUACCAGGGGGAGCAACUCAGAAUUCCAUUCGUAUUGCCCAGUGGCUGCUACAGAAACCCAAGGCCACGUGUUUCAUCGGUGCUGUCGGAGAUGAUGCUUUUGGGAGAAUUUUGAAGGAGGUUGCCCAGAAAGUGGGAGUUGAGGUUGUGUAUGAGGUUUUGCCCGGUGCGGACACAGGCGUUUGCGGGGCAGUGAUCACAAGCCAGCAUAGAUCCCUAGUCUCCAAACUGGGGGCAGCAAAACUGUUGGAUCUGGAGUUCAUCAGACGCCCUGAUGUUUGGAUCCAUAUAGAGAGAGCCAGUUUCUUCUACAUUGGAGGUUAUGUGUUACCUGUUUGUCCAGCGGCCAUUAAGUCCAUUGUUGAGCAUGCAGCUGACUCGAACAAAGCCAUAGCCAUGAAUCUGCAUGCUACCUACCUCAUUAAAGACUUUGUAAGGGACGAUCUUGACUUAUUGCCUUACAUUGACGUCUUGUUUGGCAAUGGUGAUGAGGCCAUGAAGCUUGGAGAAGAAGCCAACAUGAGGACCUCAGAUGUUUCCGAAAUUGCUCUCAAAACCAGUGCAUGGCGCAAGGCAAAUUCCAAGAGGAAACGCAUAGUGGUUAUUACGCAGGGGAGAGAACCCACGAUUGUUGCACAUGAUGGUGUGGUGGAGGAGCAUCCGGUGACUCCUGUGGACUCAGCAUUGGUCAAGGACACCAAUGGUUGUGGGGAUGCAUUUGCGGGGGGCUUCCUGUCACAGUUUGUCCAGGGCAAACCACUGGCGGACUGUCUACGAUGUGCAAGCUAUGCCUCAAGGGUUGUGAUUCAACAUUAUGGAUGUACCUACCCAGAAAGGCCAGACUUCCACUGAAAGUCUUAAUCCGUUAAUCUAUCUUCCAGGGUUAAUUGUUGCUAUGAGGGCAGGGUGUCAUUGAGAACUGGUAUUUUUGCAGUGAUGUUAGUUUUUUUGAUAAUGUGAUAAUCUGAUAAUGUCAGGUUUAAAAGGUGUUCUCCAGUUUGGUAUCACACAUUGUCAUUGUCUCCUGAGUACAUGUUGGAGACAGGUCCAGUUAUAACAAUAGUUGUCUUAGAUAUGAUCUGAUUGAUGCCUUUAUAAAGUCAUUUCUUAUUCACUGUGUGUUCACUUUUUCAUUGAACAGUUGUACGACUUUAGUCAGAUGGUACCAUCCACUUGAACUGUAGCAUGCCCUGGUCAAAUGUGACCAGUCAUUAGUACAUUCUUGGUCACAGUGUGUUCACUUUUUCGUUGAACAGGUGUACGACUUUAGUCAGAUGGUACCAUCCACUUGAACUGUAGCAUGCCCUGGUCAUACGUGACCAGUCAUUAGUACAUUCUUGGUCACAGUGUGUUCACUUUUUCAUUGAACAGUUGUACGACUUUAGUCAGAUGGUACCAUCCACUUGAACUGUAGCAUGCCCUUGUCAUAUGUGACCAGUCAUUAGUACAUUCUUGGUCACAGUGUGUUCACUUUUUCGUUGAACAGGUGUACGACUUUAGUCAGAUGGUACAAUCCACUUGAACUGUAGCAUGCCCUGGUCAUACGUGACCAGUACAUUCUUGCAUCAGAAGAUACAUGUACCUUUACACAGUCCUAUGCUCCCUGGACCUACAUGUAUGAGUACCCAGUUGUGUACAUGUCCUGUUAGUCUUCAUUUUCCUCAUCUGUAUUGCAAAUGUUAUGAUAACUCUUUAGCAAAAUCAUGAUCAUGGAGGUAACAAAUGGCAGGUGUCAGUGAUUUGCUGUAGAGCUAUAUCCAUGUCUGAAGUAAAUGUCAGUUUGGAAACAAAAACACCUUUGAAAUAAGAAUUGACUAAUUUUGAAAUAUGUUCCACUUUGAAAUAAAUAUUUGCCAAUUUAACAAACAAAAAAACAAAAAAAAAAACACCACUGGUCAAUGUUUUUUCCAGCGAUGAUCUGUUUUUAUUCCAAAGGUAGUCGUCAGGAUUAUAAUAAAACUGGUAAUGUGUUUUGUCAGAAGAGGAACUUAAUUCAAAAGUGGUGUUUAUUUCAAAACUGACAUUUUUUUUUCAAAUAUGGUUUCUCCAAGAGCAAUAAACUAGUCAGAUCAGGACAUAACUUUCUGAUGGUGCUAUGAACCCAUAAUGGGAGUUGAAGUGAAGUAAAUCUUGACCAGAACACUGCUAAGUUCACCUGACACACCAGACUUGACCAUCAAACAACUUUUCUGCCUGUGAAUUGGACUUUUUUCCACUCCAUUUGUGUCUGUUUUUACAUUUUUUUAAAGAGUGUCUUGAUCAAAAUUAAUUUGAACAACAGUUUCAACAAUUGAAAUGGCUAAGGGUAAACCAAGAUCUGGUGAUAUCUGUGGCUUUAACGUUUGUCUUUGUGAUUGAUGUAGCAUACAUGUGUACUAGAUUUACACAGUGAUACGUAUUUUAUUAUAGUUUUCCCAAUAAAAGUGAUCUCAGUAGUCAUAUUUUUUCCCAGUGUAUAUGUACUGUCAUCAUUUCUUUUAUAAAUUAUUUUCAAGUUAAAAUUACAGUGUAGUUACUAUUUUCCUCACUAUAUGUCUUUCUGAUGCUGUCUGUCAAAAGGACCCUGAUGUUGGAAAAAAUCCUCACAAAUGUUAGUACUUAUCUUUCUUGAAUUUUUCUGCUGUAGUUUUAUGCUUUCUGAUUCUGUAAAGACAAUUCAGAACAAGCUCAUAUAAAUUAUGUAAAUGUUCAGUUUUUCAAAAUCAUCUUUCUAACUCGGUCCAAGUUCAUUUUUUUUUUUUUUUUGCAUGAGGCAGGGCUUAAGUGUAGGUAUGUACAUUGUACAUGAUGGUAUGUCCUGUAGCAAUGGAUAAACCUCACAAUUUCUGCCAUAACGUUUCAAUAAUUUGUUUUCUUUAUCAAGUUUAUGUACAUAGAAGUACAUGUACAUACCUCACUAUUUAUAAGAAGGCAGUAUGAAUUUAAUUUUAAUUUUGAAAUUGAGAAAGGCAAGAACCGAGGGCAUAUUGACAAACUGCUUUUAUGAAGUCCAUGUUAUAUGCGAGGAUAUUUUGUUUAUCUUGUACCUCAGCUGUUUUCCAAAUGGUUGUAGCAUGUACAUGGGCGUACUAGGUAAUGAAUUAGCAACAGUCAUCUUUUGUUAAUAUUUGCCUAAGGGAUAUCGUUAAAGGUCGCUUAAAGUGAUUUAACCAUCAUAAGACUGAAUAUGUAUUCCCCAACAGUACCACAGGUCUUGUCAGAUUGUCUUACAUUGGAGUACUGCAUUUGGCCUCAAAUCUCAAAUGCAAUAGUUCACUGUUCCAUCACAGAUUUACUGCAGCAGAGGCUAGUGUGAUACAGGCUGCCUUUAUAACAUAGCAUUUCCACGAAGCAAAGAUUUUGCUGUAAUUGAAUUAGAAAGAAAGAAUAAUACAUGCUUCCAGUCUCUAAGUGUUCACAAAGCCAGCAGUCAGCUGCCUGCAUGUGUCUUUUCUAGCCACAGUGAAUAAUUGCCUCCCCCCCCCCCCCCCCCCACUUCCCAAAAACACAGUGACCAAGAGGCGGAGCUAACUGUCACUGUUCUGGACAAAUGUAUUGCAUGUCUGUUGAAACUCUCAUUUAACCAUUCAAAUUGUCAAAGAUCGUUCACGUCUCUUGUUUCCAGAUAUUCUCCAACUUUGUGAUAUGCUUUACUGUGUAUACAUGUAUACACAUGCCAGUAUUAUUGUUAAAGUUAUGUUAGUAUGCCUUGUGAACCUGAUCUAGAUGCCCGCUGGAAAAUGUGAAUGUUCAGAGUAAAAAACGAAAAUAUGGCAUUCAGAACCACUCGCACACUUAAUUAUCUUUCUUUUUUUUACUGUUUUAAUGUUUCUUUUAAUCAAAGAAAUGUUGGACACUGCCAUUUAUUGUUGAGAGUGCACAAGUAGUCAUACACUCUAUCCUGAAGGGAAGUAAUGGAUAGUACAUGUACGUAUCUAGCAAAGAUGUUUUGGAUCAGUCUCACAAAACUUAUUUUAUUCCAUUUUCUUGUUUUGUUUUUAUCAGAAGUUAUGUUGCCAAGAAAGUUGCACCAUUUGCUAAAAAAGUUACAAGGAAAUUUAAUUCCAAAGUUGUAUGUUAAGUGUCUGUGAUGGCAUGUAUGACCAAUUGGUGGACAUGCCAGACAGGAUUACUUUCUGUAAGUGUGAAACCUCUACCUCUUGUGAAAUUUAAGUGAGAAAAGGAUAUUCUUGCAAAAAUACUCGAAAUAUUUCUGUGAUGCCAACUCAAAAAUGCCUUAUGUCACAUAUCAUCAAGAGUCAUAAAACUAUUGCAACAUGUUUUAUUUAUUUUAAUUUUGCUAAGUAGUUGCCAUAUGAAGGUAUGAUUUUAAUUGUAAAUGUGCUAAUGAAAACUGGUAACCAUGUGGGAUUUCGAUAUAAUUGUACAGAAGAAAAUCAAGUACUUUCUUAGUUCGCCUUACCAAAGUAAUGAUUGUGGCGGAGCUACAUGUACAUGUAGGUAAUAUCUGGGAUGUUGUCUCAUAUUGUAUCCCAGGUGAUAUAAUGUCAACUGUUUCCAUGGUAACACAGUUCCCCCAGUAAUUCCACAACUGUGUGAAGUAUCUUCUGUAAAAGUGACGCAUGAUUGAGUUUUGCAUGACAAUCAGUUUCUGUAAGAAGAAAUGAUGUACCCGGUAGGCGUACUAUACUCUGUGUGUUGUUGUUGUACAAUGGUGGAUAGCUCGCACGGCAGCAUGUGUACAGUUACAGACAAACCGUAGUGUAGUGUUACAUUAGUGGGCUUCUGACUGGCAAUUGGCUGUUCUGCAAACCUUCCUCAACAAACAUGCCUUCGGAUAUGCCAGAUAGGCCUAUACAUGUAGAUAUGUGGAGUUGAAAUCUAACAUUUAGGUGGUCACUGGGGAGUAGGCAUAUUUUUAGUUCCAUUAUGUGACCACAAGCUAUUUUUACGUCAAAAACUGAUUGUAGCCUAGCUUUUGUCUUCAAUGUGACAACAUAUCAGUUCUGUAACAUUGUUCAGUAAUGUCUUUGAUGUGAUGUCAAUGCAAUGCACUGGGAGAUGUAAAAAGUCUUACUUUACUUUUACCUGUACUGUGUUACCUGAAAACUGGUGGUCAGGAUUAUAUUUUUGGUCCCGACUUUUGUAUUCCUGACAAGCAAGCCCAAACAUUCAAACAGUUGAUCACUAAAGGUUUGGCUCGAGCCAAAGUCUCACUAAAGAAGGCAUAAAUUGGUCUCUAUUACCCAGUUACAAGGUGCCCGAGUAGGCCUACAUCAAUUUAUUGAUGGGGAAGGCAGGUGUGUUGCAGAAGGUUUGGUAGAGUUAGCUCCCUUGCUAGCCAGAGCAUCCCCCCCCCAUUCCAGGUACAUUUCAGAUGUGUGGAUUAUUUAAUGUAUGUGCGUCAGAGGUUUCGAAAGUUACACGAGUUGGGUAUGUCAGUGUUACAAGACAGAUUGUAAUGUUACAAUCAGUACAUUUUCAUUAAAUUUGUGGUUUUAUGAAACAAAAUAUAACUUCUGAUCAAAGCUUACAGCUUGCGCUUAUGAAGUGCUUUAUCUGUAACUUUUUCGUAACCUGCGGAUGGUCGUGGGUUUCCCACCGGGCUCUGCCUGAUUUAAUCCCACUGUAAUGCUGGCCGGUGUCACACAAAUUAAAUAAAUAAGAAAAUAAACUUUAUCUGUAACUGAGCAUCUCAAAAUUAAAUGCAAGGCCAUUUCAAAUACAUAAGACACAUUUCCAUUAAUACCAUCUGAUAUAAAGGUAUUCAUCUUUGUUCCUCAGUGAUGUGUGAAGAUGUUGUUUAUUCCUUAUUGCAGCUUAAAUAUCAUCUGUGGGAUUUGUCAGUAGUUGAUAUUCUUUAGUAUGGCGUAAAACACCAAUCAAAUAAAUCAAUCAAUCAGUCAAUCAAUAGUUGAUAAAGAUGCUCUUUCACAGAAUUAGCAAUGCUAAUUUAAACAGAUAAACCAUAUGUAGCCUUCAGUGUUGUAAUUGGUAUUAGAAACACAAGCAUUUAUAUUCACAAUCAAGCUCGGUUUCCUCCCACCAAAAUGCUGGCUGCCAUAGUAUAAGUCACAUAUUUGUGAGUGCAGUGUAAAACACCAAUUAAAUAAGUAAAUAAAUACAUGUAUUCGUCAAAGAUUACAUCAUCAGACAUUUAAGCAGUCAAUACUUUGCCAUGACUGAUUAAAAUUUUUAAAUAAAUAUUUUGUGUUAAAAUUAGCCAAAUUUGACAAUGAAUAACAUAGUGUCAUUCUGAACUUAGUUUGAUUUAGUUAUUUGAUUUGGUUUGAAAGCUAAAACAUGUUUGUAGACUUUGUAAGACUAGUUUUGUAAAUAUUAGCUAUAAUUCUUGUUUGUUAACGUUACAAUAUUAAGUUGCAGUUGUACAAAAUGUUCUUCUGGAAACUGGUCAGUUAAAAUGCAUUUUAAGCAUUUAAUUUUUCCGAGCCAUUUCUGUUAGACUAAACUUUUACAUGUUGAACUGGACAAUUAUCCUCUUUGCCUGCCUCAUGUUUGUUUUGUAUGCUGUAUUUUUCUCAUGCCUUCACAUGACUGAUCUUUUUCUAUUGUACAUCCUCACCUAAUGUUUUUCAUCCAUGCAGAAUUAUUUUGUUAACCAUGUCUAACGGGAUUAUACAAGUGUAAAUAUUAACAUACAUACACUUCUCUAAUUCAUCAACCCUGUUGUAUGUAGCAGAGCAACGUUAAGUGCAAUUUAUACACCUUUUUCAUAUGAUUUUGAAGACUUUAAGGCUUGAAGUUUGGGAUGUUUUCGAAUCAUUCUGGAUAAUCAAUUUUGGAAACAGUAACUUUGACAUCUGGAGUCAAAAGUUGGUGCAUGUAUUGUGGCGCAAUGAUCCAUCUCACAAAAGCUGGUUCCAGUCCAGCUCAAGCAGGCCUUCUCUCCACUCAUGCUUGGGAAGGUCUGUCAGCAACCUGCGGAGAGUCAUGGGUUUGGGAUUCCACCAGAAGCUGCCCAGUUCCUCUCACCAUAAUGCAGGAUGCUGUAAAAAAUAUUAUUGAGUACAGCAUAAAACAUCAAUCAAAAACAUAAAAUAUAUGUCAGUUUGUAAUUUGUUGGGGACAUCAGUGAAAGAAGGAACAUGCAUUUAAUUUUACAGGUUAUUUAGUCUGCAAACUAUUUGGAUAUAUUUGUGACAUUUGAGAUUUCUUUGUGUAAAUCAAAGGUGCUUAAAAAAAAUCAGAAAUAUUAUGAUAGCAUGUUGAAAUGUGGAUACGGACCCAUGACCAGAAAUUUUGAUAAUAUUUCUGUUAAACCUGUGUGCAACUUAACCUUUUGACUAAAAUAGUUAGUAAUAUCCAAAGAUAAUGGACAUUUGUGUUACUAAAAUUACGAUUAAAUUUAUGAUGAAUAAUUUGCUUUGUUUAUUGUUCCUGAAGAUGUAAUUUCAUACUGGGGACAGGAUACUUAUUCUGUGCAGAAUUGUAAAGUGUUUUGUCUUUCAUUAAUAAAACAAUUUGCAGGAAAUAAAACUCACUCUUGAAAAUAUUGACACAGCUGCUUGAAUAAGAUUUUGUAAAAUGAUUGUUUUAGAAUUCUUGAGUUACUCAUGCAUGUUGUGCAAUAAUGAAAUGUGGCAUUUUAUGCAUUUGUUAACAGGUAUGCAAUUUGAAGUUUUUGAAACCAUACCUUUAUGUCACUUCAGCAGCAAAAUUUGUUGGGUAAAGUCUGUUGUUUCGUAAAAAUGUUAAAAUAACUGAAGUGGCAUUUCAGGUAAUCCUUACAUUGUACCCUGGAUUUUGUGAGUUUUUUUUUGAAGGAAUAAAAUUUUGAAAUUUCAUUGCAUUAAAGAUUGUUUAUUCAUUGUGCUUUAGUUUAGAUUUAAAUGCCCUAAUUCUUCUAAUUUUUUGAACAGAUAUUAGCAGUGCUGAAAGCAUUACAUUUCUCUCUUAGGUUUUGUGGAAAACUAAAGAUAUGA